GGCCUGCGGCGGCCUGCGGGGCGUCCCGGCCGCCCUGGGCAACAACACGCACCCGUGCGUCUUCGACGACCUCAGCGGCUCCGUGUCCCUGUCCUGGGUGGGCGACAGCACGGGGGUCAUCCUCGUCCUGACCACGUUCCAGGUGCCCCUGGUGAUCAUGAGCUUCGGCCAGUCCAAGCUCUACCGCAGCGAGGACUACGGGAAGACCUUCAAGGACAUCACCCACCUCAUCAACAACACCUUCAUCCGCACCGAGUUCGGCAUGGCCAUCGGACCUGACAAUUCGGGGAAGGUCAUCCUGACGGGCGACGUGUCCGGCGGCAGCCGCGGCGGCCGCAUCUUCCGCUCGUCUGACUUCGCCAAGAACUUCGUGCAGACGGAGCUGCCCUUCCACCCGCUGGUGCAGAUCGCCUACCACCCGCAGAGCUCCGACUGCCUGCUGGCCCUCAGCACCGACAACGGCCUCUGGGUCUCCAGGGACUUCGGGGAGAAGUGGGAGCAGAUCCACAAAGCCGUCUGCCUGGCCAAGUGGGGCGCGGACAACACCAUCUUCUUCACCACCUACCUGAACAACUCCUGCAAAGCUGAUCUUGGGUUACUGGAGCUGAAGAAAACCUCCGACUUCGGCAAAACCUUCAAGGUCAUCGGCACCAAGAUCUACUCCUUCGGGCUGGGCGGCCGCUUCCUUUUCGCCUCCGUCAUGACAGAGAAGGGCACCACGAGGCGCAUUCACGUCUCGCUGGACCAGGGUGAGACCUGGAGCAUGGCGCAGCUGCCCUCGGUCGGCCACGAGCAGUUCUACUCCAUCCUGGCCGCCAACGAGGACCUGGUCUUCAUGCACGUGGACGAGCCGGGCGACACGGGCUACGGCACCAUCUACACCUCCGACGACCGGGGCGUGGUGUACUCCAAGUCCCUGGAGCGGCACCUCUACACCACCACCGGCGGGGAGACCGACUUCACCAACGUCACCUCGCUGCGGGGCAUCUACAUCACCAGCGUCCUCUCCGAAGACAACUCCAUCCAGUCCGUGAUCACUUUUGACCGCGGCGGGGAGUGGGUGCCGCUGAGGAAGCCGAAAAACACCACCUGCGACUCCACAGCGAGGAACAAGGAGGAGUGCAGCCUCCACAUCCACGCGUCCUACAGCAUCUCCCAGAAGCUGAACGUGCCCAUGGUGCCGCUGUCCGAGCCCAACGCCGUCGGCAUCAUCAUCGCCCACGGGAGCGUGGGGGGGGCCAUCUCGGUGAUGAGCCCCGACGUCUACAUCUCGGACGACGGGGGCUACACGUGGGCGCGGAUGCUGGAGGGGCCCCACCACUACGCCAUCCUCGACUCGGGUGGCCUCAUCGUGGCCAUCGAGCACACCAGCCAGCCCGUCAACGUCAUCGAGUUCUCCACGGACGAGGGGCAGUGCUGGUACAAGUACACCUUCUCCAAGGACCCCAUUUUCUUCACCGGGCUGGCGUCCGAGCCCGGCGCCCGCUCCAUGAACGUCAGCAUCUGGGGCUUUCGGGGGAACUUCUUGUCCCGCAAGUGGGUCUCCUACACCAUCGACUUCAGCCAGCUGCUGAGCCGGAGCUGCGAGGACAAGGACUACACCAUCUGGCUGGCGCACUCCAGCGAUCCCAGCGACCCCAGUGACGGCUGCAUACUGGGCUACAAGGAGCAGUACCGGCGCCUGCGCAAGUCCUCGGUGUGCCAGAACGGCCGCGACUACGCCGUGACCACGCAGCCGUCCGUCUGCCCCUGCACCCUGCAGGAUUUCCUCUGCGAUUUCGGGUAUUACCGCCCCGAGAACCAGUCGGUGUGCGUGGAGCAGCCGGAGCUGAAGGGCCACGACCUGGAGUUCUGCCUCUACGGCCGCCGCGAGCUGCUGCGGACCAGCGGGUACCGCAAGAUCCCCGGGGACAAGUGCGCAGGGGGGGAGAGCCCCAGCCGGGAGGAGACGGACAUGAAGAAGAAGUGCACCAGCACCCUGCUGAGCCCCAGCCAGCUGGUAGGUGACACACGGACGUGGCCACCGCCACCCAUGGGUGCCACCGGCCUGGUGCCCCCCCCCCUGCUUUGGGGAGGCGCUGCCGCCCCCCCCCUAGCCCCGUCCUUGCCCCUGCAGGCGGCGUCCCCCAGCUCCGUGCCCAUCGUCCUGGCCGUGGUGGCCGUGCUGCUCGUCACCGCCGUGGCCGGGGUGCUGCUCGUCAAGAAAUAUGUCUGCGGGGGCAGGUUCCUGGUCCAUCGCUACUCCGUGCUGCGGCAGCACGCCGAGGCCAGCGGCGCCGAGGGGACGGAGGGCACGGACCCCAGCUCGCCCCCCCGCAAGGGGGGGUACCACGACGACUCGGAUGAGGACCUGCUGGAGUAGCGGCGGGGACGGGGACGGCGCCGAGCUGCCCCCCCCACGGCAGGCAGGGCCCGGGGGGGCUUCGCUGCUGGGGGGCACGCGGGGGGGCUGAGUUAAUGCUGCUUUAAGGUUU